CCAUGGUCCCGUUUGCCUGUGCCUUGCUGCGUCAGACAUAAACUAUGGUGGCCUACAUAAACUACGCCUAAAAAAGCUAGUCGGUCCGUGAACGAAUCCUUCUUUUGGCGUUUUCGACUGGGAACCCGGUGGAAAAUAGCCAUCACAAUCCAAUCCAGGCUUCCAGCGCGGUUAAAGUGAACCAUUUCUUUCUGCUCAUCUUUCACAUCUUUCACUCCCAUUCCCCCUCCCCCCCCCCCAAAGCUAGUUAGCAUGCAUGACUCCCAUUUGAGUGAGUCUUACCUUGGUCUUACCCACUCUACCUUUACAAACUCCUCUCUCUCUCUCUCUCUUUCUCUCUCUCUAGAGUUCACUUUAGUUGUUGCUUUAGCCCUUUAGCCACUUUAGCCACGUUAGCGCAGUUGAGUCAGUUGAGUGGCGGCACUGGCGGCGACAUUAUCGCAUUAUUAGGCGGUAUUGUUUUGUUGCGACCUUUCUGAUAUUCGACAAUUCGGCGUUGUGGCUGCUUAUUUCUGCAUCGCCACUGCUAAGCACUCCCGAAGAUGAGCAAACGCCAGAAGAAAAGAAGACCUGCCGCAAGAACCGUACCUUCCCAGGAUGCACCUGUCCCACCACUGGACAAUACUCCCCAGCUGCAAGCUUGUUCGGGUAGAAGCACACCUCGAGAACCCCAAGAUUAUACUGAGCGAGACGAGCAGCCUGGCAGCCAUCUUGUAUCUGUGAAGUCAGAAUUGGACGGUUCCAGUGAACUGAAUGCGAUGGCAACUGUCACUGUUAAGACUGAACCCCAAGAUUAUACUGAGCGGGACGAGGAGCCUGGCAGCCAUCUUGUAUCUGUGAAGCCAGAGCCGGAUUACUAUGAUGAAUAUCAGGAACCUAUCAGCCCAGUGCUGCCUCUUACAAAAGAUUACACGGAUGUGACAAUGGUUACAUUCCACUUGGAUACAGAGCCACAGGCGUCCGAAGAGAACCUGGAUUGCGACAAUGCAGCAGUGACUGAGCCACAAGAUCCAACGGAGGUCAAUGCUGAGGCAGUUUUUGCGGGGACAGAGCCACAAGAUCCGAGGGAAGUCAAUGCUGAGGCGGCUUCCAUGGAGACAGGAUUGGCCGGCUCCAGCGAAGACAAUGCAAUGGCAACUGUCACUUUCAAGACUGAACCCCAAGAUUAUACUGAACGGGACGAGGAGCCUCGCAGCCAUCUUGUAUCUGUGAAGUCAGAGCCGGAUUACCAUGAGGAAUACCGGGAACCUAUGAGCCCAGUGCUGCCUCUUACAAAAGAUUACACGGAUGUGACAAGGGUUACAUUUCACUUGGAUACAGAGCCACAGGCGUCCGAAGAGAACCUGGAAUACGACAUUGUACCAGUUGCCGUUAAGAUUGAGCCACAAAAUCCGAGGGAAGUCGGCCCUGAGGCAGCUUCCGUGGAGGCAGAGCCACAAGAUCUGAGGGAAUUUGGCGCUGAGGCGGCUUCCGUGAAGACAGAGCCACAAGAUCCGAGGGAAGUCGGUGCUGGGGCGGUUUCCGUAGAGACAGCACUACAUGCAGAGCCACAAGAUCCGAGGAAAGUCGGCGCUGAUGCAGCUUCCGUGGGGACAGCACUACAUGCAGAGCCACAAGAUCCGAGGAAAGUCGGUGCUGAUGCAGCUUCCGUGGGGACAGAGCCACAAGAUCUGAAGGAAUUUGGCGCUGAGGCGGCUUCCGUGAAGACAGAGCCACAAGAUCCGAGGGAAGUCGGCGCUGAUGCAGCUUCCGUGGGGACAGCACUACAUGCAGAGCCACAAGAUCCGAGGAAAGUCGGCGCUGAUGCAGCUUCCGUGGGGACAGAGCCACAAGAUCUGAAGGAAUUUGGCGCUGAGGCGGCUUCCGUGAAGACAGAGCCACAAGAUCCGAGGGAAGUCGGUGCUGGGGCGGUUUCCGUAGAGACAGCACUACAUGCAGAGCCACAAGAUCCGAGGAAAGUCGGCGCUGAUGCAGCUUCCGUGGGGACAGAGCCACAAGAUCUGAAGGAAUUUGGCGCUGAGGCGGCUUCCGUGAAGACAGAGCCACAAGAUCCGAGGGAAGUCGGCGCUGAUGCAGCUUCCGUGGGGACAGCACUACAUGCAGAGCCACAAGAUCCGAGGAAAGUCGGCGCUGAUGCAGCUUCCGUGGGGACAGAGCCACAAGAUCUGAAGGAAUUUGGCGCUGAGGCGGCUUCCGUGAAGACAGAGCCACAAGAUCCGAGGGAAGUCGGUGCUGGGGCGGUUUCCGUAGAGACAGCACUACAUGCAGAGCCACAAGAUCCGAGGAAAGUCGGCGCUGAUGCAGCUUCCGUGGGGACAGCACUACAUGCAGAGCCACAAGAUCCGAGGAAAGUCGGCGCUGAUGCAGCUUCCGUGGGGACAGCACUACAUGCAGAGCCACAAGAUCCGAGGAAAGUCGGCGCUGAUGCAGCUUCCGUGGGGACAGCACUACAUGCAGAGCCACAAGAUCCGAGGAAAGUCGGCGCUGAUGCAGCUUCCGUGGGGACAGCACUACAUGCAGAGCCACAAGAUCCGAGGAAAGUCGGCGCUGAUGCAGCUCCCGUGGGGACAGCACUACAUGCAGAGCCACAAGAUCCGAGGAAAGUCGGCGCUGAUGCAGCUUCCGUGGGGACAGCACUACAUGCAGAGCCACAAGAUCCGAGGAAAGUCGGCGCUGAUGCAGCUUCCGUGGGGACAGCACUACAUGCAGAGCCACAAGAUCCGAGGAAAGUCGGUGCUGAUGCAGCUUCCGUGGGGACAGCACUACAUGCAGAGCCACAAGAUCCGAGGAAAGUCGGUGCUGAUGCAGCUUCCGUGGGGACAGAGCCACAAGAUCUGAAGGAAUUUGGCGCUGAGGCGGCUUCCGUGAAGACAGAGCCACAAGAUCCGAGGGAAGUCGGCGCUGAUGCAGCUUCCGUGGGGACAGCACUACAUGCAGAGCCACAAGAUCCGAGGAAAGUGGGUGCUGAUGCAGCUUCCGUGGGGAAAGCACUACAUGCAGAGCCACAAGAUCCGAGGAAAGUCGGCGCUGAUGCAGCUUCCGUGGGGACAGCACUACAUGCAGAGCCACAAGAUCCGAGGAAAGUCGGCGCUGAUGCAGCUUCCGUGGGGACAGCACUACAUGCAGAGCCACAAGAUCCGAGGAAAGUCGGCGCUGAUGCAGCUUCCGUGGGGACAGCACUACAUGCAGAGCCACAAGAUCCGAGGAAAGUCGGUGCUGAUGCAGCUUCCGUGGGGACAGAGCCACAAGAUCUGAAGGAAUUUGGCGCUGAGGCGGCUUCCGUGAAGACAGAGCCACAAGAUCCGAGGGAAGUCGGCGCUGAUGCAGCUUCCGUGGGGACAGCACUACAUGCAGAGCCACAAGAUCCGAGGAAAGUGGGUGCUGAUGCAGCUUCCGUGGGGAAAGCACUACAUGCAGAGCCACAAGAUCCGAGGAAAGUCGGCGCUGAUGCAGCUUCCGUGGGGACAGCACUACAUGCAGAGCCACAAGAUCCGAGGAAAGUGGGUGCUGAUGCAGCUUCCGUGGGGACAGCACUACAUGCAGAGCCACAAGAUCCGAGGAAAGUCGGCGCUGAUGCAGCUUCCGUGGGGACAGCACUACAUGCAGAGCCACAAGAUCCGAGGAAAGUCGGCGCUGAUGCAGCUUCCGUGGGGACAGCACUACAUGCAGAGCCACAAGAUCCGAGGGAAGUCGGCGCUGAUGCAGCUUCCGUGGGGACAGCACUACAUGCAGAGCCACAAGAUCCGAGGAAAGUCGGUGUUGAUGCAGCUUCCGUGGGGACAGCACUACACGCAGAGCCACAAGAUCCGAGGAAAGUCGGCGCUGAAGCAGCUCCCGUGGGGACAGCACUACAUGCAGAGCCACAAGAUCCGAGGAAAGUCGGCGCUGAUGCAGCUCCCGUGGGGACAGCACUACAUGCAGAGCCACAAGAUCCGAGGAAAGUCGGCGCUGAUGCAGCUCCCGUGGGGACAGCACUACACGCAGAGCCACAAGAUCCGAGGAAAGUCGGCGCUGAAGCAGCUCCCGUGGGGACAGCACUACAUGCAGAGCCACAAGAUCCGAGGAAAGUCGGCGCUGAUGCAGCUCCCGUGGGGACAGCACUACAUGCAGAGCCACAAGAUCCGAGGAAAGUCGGCGCUGAUGCAGCUCCCGUGGGGACAGCACUACAUGCAGAGCCACAAGAUCCGAGGAAAGUCGGCGCUGAUGCAGCUCCCGUGGGGACAGCACUACAUGCAGAGCCACAAGAUCCGAGGAAAGUCGGCGCUGAUGCAGCUCCCGUGGGGACAGCACUACAUGCAGAGCCACAAGAUCCGAGGAAAGUCGGCGCUGAUGCAGCUCCCGUGGGGACAGCACUACAUGCAGAGCCACAAGAUCCGAGGAAAGUCGGCGCUGAUGCAGCUCCCGUGGGGACAGCACUACAUGCAGAGCCACAAGAUCCGAGGAAAGUCGGCGCUGAUGCAGCUCCCGUGGGGACAGCACUACAUGCAGAGCCACAAGAUCCGAGGAAAGUCGGCGCUGAUGCAGCUCCCGUGGGGACAGCACUACAUGCAGAGCCACAAGAUCCGAGGAAAGUCGGCGCUGAUGCAGCUCCCGUGGGGACAGCACUACAUGCAGAGCCACAAGAUCCGAGGAAAGUCGGCGCUGAUGCAGCUCCCGUGGGGACAGCACUACAUGCAGAGCCACAAGAUCCGAGGAAAGUCGGCGCUGAUGCAGCUCCCGUGGGGACAGAGCCACAAGAUCCGAGGAAAGUCGGCGCUGAAGCAGCUUCCGUGGGGACAGGGAGGGGAGGCAAGCGUCAGCCCAGCGACGAAGGGCGGGAAAACGGAGAAGUCGCAAACAAGCGGCCUCGUAGCAGCGGCGGCCAAAAGGUCAACGUUCGCUUCCUUCUUCAGAGCAGGAAUGCUGAUGCCAUCAUCGGCGAGGGCGGUGCCAACAUCAACAGCCUGAGAGAAGAGUUCGAAGCAGGUAUUUCGGUGCCAGACUGUCCCGGCCCAGAAAGGAUCUUGUCCAUUGUGGCCGACUUGGACACCCUCGGAGAAAUUCUGGCCAGCAUCAUUCCCAAGAUGCAUCAAGCUAAUCGCCGACAAGAUGAAAACAGCAGGGAGGAGUUUCGGUUGUCCCGUGUCCAGCAUACAUCUGCUACCUUCGACAGUACGGUGCAACCGAAACCCAGGCUCAAGACUCGUUCCAGACACCCGAAGAUCGCCAAAGCAUUGUCGAUUCGCUGCGGGACUGAGGCUGCCCAAGCUGUGCAGAGCGAGAUGCGUCUGCUGAUACACCGGGAACACGUCGUUGGGAUUGUCAAGAGCCGCAUCAAGGAGCUGAGAAAAUCCACGGAGGCCAAGAUCGAGGUUAAACAGAGUUGCUGCCCUGGCUCCACGGAGCGCAUUGUCGGGGUGAUGGGGUCGCCCUCGGUCGUGGUGGACUGCAUCAAGCGGAUCUGGCACAUCAUUGCAAAGGCUCCAGUGAAGGGUCUCAACAAGCUGUACGACCCCCACAAUUUUGACCCGGACUUUGCGCAGGAGUAUGGCGGCUUUUCCGAGAGGGACUUCCAGCAGCCGUUCAGGGGAACCGGAGCUCGAGGCGGCUACUCUGGCAGGGGCAGCUACAACGGGGGUGGAGGCAAGCGUGAGCCCAGCGACGAUGGGCGGGGAGAUGGAGAAGUCCCAAACAAGCGGCCCUGCAGCAGCGGCGGCCGCGCCGUGCUGCAGGGCCGCGCCAUCCGCUUCCUCCUUCAGAGCAGGGAUGCCGAUGCCAUCAUCGGCGUGGGCGGCGCCAACAUCAACAGCCUGAGAAGAGAGUUCAAAGCAAGUAUUUCGGUGCCAGACUGUCCCGGCCCAGAACGGAUCUUGUCCAUUGUGGCCGACUUGGACACCCUCGGAGAAAUUCUGGCCAGCAUCAUUCCCAAGAUGCAUCACUUUGCGCAGCACACGGGCCAGAGCGGCCGCUCGGAGAGUGGGAUGCGUCUGCUAAUGCACAGGAGCCUCCGCGACCUCCUUUUCAAACGCAUCAAAAGGCUGCCUAAGUCCACGAGGCCCAAGAUCGAGGUUAAACAGAGUUGCUGCCCUCGCUCCACGGAGCACAUUGUCAGGGUGAUGGGGUCGCCCUCGGUCGUGGUGGACAGCAUCAAGCGGAUCUGGGACAUCAUUGCGGAGGCUCCAGUGAAGGGUCUCGACAAGCCGUACGACCCCCACAAUUUCGACCCGGACUUUGCGCAAGAGUAUGGCGGCUUUGCCGAGGGCCCCACAAGAACCUUGGGAGUGACCGGGGUGACUCCCACACCGGGACCCCGUGGGGGCGGCGGCGUGGGUGCGGUGCCCUUCUGGAGGGACGAGCCGGUGGAGCCCUUUGGCCGGGGUCCCAAGAGGGGCGGCCCCGCGGGCGGAGGGUCCCCCUGGGGCGCCCCCUCGGCGGCCCCCCAGGCCGCCCUCCCCCUCCAGAGGGGAGGGGCCUACGGGGAGGAGGCACGAGCCCCGUGGGGAGGAGGGGGCACUGCGCAGCCCAGAAACUUCAAGCGGCCGUUCAGGGGAACCGGAGCUCGAGGUGGCUACUCUGGCAGGGGCAGCUACAACGGAAGGAGAGGGGGCGUGCCCGGAAGACCGUGUCAUCCCGGAACGUACCUGUCCCAGCACUGGACAAGAUUCCCCCAGCUGCAAGCUUGUUCGGGUAGAAGCACACCUCGAGGCCAGAAGAAAAGAAGACCUGCCGCAAGAACCAUACUUUCCCAGGUUGCACCUGUCCCACCACUGGACAAUACUCCCCGGUUGCAAGCUUGUUCGGGUAGAAGCACACCUCGAGGACCCCAAGAUUAUACUGAGCGGGACAUGGAGCCUGGCGGCCAUCUUGUAUCUGUGAUGUCAGAGCCGGAUUACUGCGUGGAAGAUCGGGAACCUGACAGCCCCAUGCCGCCUCUUACGAAAGAUCACAUGGAUGUGACAAGGGUUGCAAUCCACUUGGAUACAGAGCCACAGGUUUCGAAAGAGAAUCGGCAACGUGACAUCGCAGCAGUUGCCGUUAAGAUUGAGCCACAAGAUCCAACGGAAGUCAAUGCUGAGGCAGUUUUUACGGGGACAGAGCCACAAGAUCCAAGGGAAGUCGGCCCUGAGGUGGUUUUUGUAAAGACAGAGCCACAAGAUCCGAGGGAAGUCGACGCUGAGGUGGUUUUUGUAAAGACAGAGCCACAAGAUCCGAGGGAAGUCGACGCUGAGGUGGUUUUUGUAAAGACAGAGCCACAAGAUCCGAGGGAAGUCGGCCCUGAGGCGGUUUUCGUAAAAACAGAGCCACAAGAUCCAAGGGAAGCCGACGCUGAGGUGGUUUUCGUGGGGACAGGAAAGCGAGCGCCUCUCACCGCCUCCCGGUGCCACCAUGGUGGCCGAGCUGGCCAGAGAUGGGGACCAGGUCUUGGGCACGCUCUUGAGCAAGCGACGCUGGGCGGAGGUGGCACGCCACCAUCACAGGAACCGCUGCCCUGGGGAGGACGACGACCUGGAGGCGGUGCUGGGUGCCUACUGCUGGCACCUGAUGCGCCAUGCCGGCCGGGGCGUCUUCACGCUGAUGCGGCCGGAGCCGGACCUUGCCCAGGUCAAGCAGCGGCUCAGGGAGCUGAGCCUCCAGCUGUCGUCCGCUCUGCGCACGCUGGACAUGACGCCGCCCGCACUCUCGGUGGCUUCUGACCGCAGUGGGAUGUGCGUCUUCGACCCGUUGCUCUUUCGCAAGUUGGACUGCUGAGUCGCACCGCCAAAUUGGACCACUGACUCGGACCGUAGAGUAGGAUUGCCGUUGAGUUGUUAAGCCAGAUUGCCGAGUCGAACUGAUGAUUGGGAUCGCUUAGUCACACUGCCGAGUUUGACCACAAAGGGGAGCCACUGGGCUGAACUGGCGAGCGAGACUGUAAGGAAGUGCUGAGCCAGUUUGCUAGACUGUUCAGUUGAACUGGCAAGUCGAGACUGUUAAGUUGUACCGCUGAGUUGGACGGUAAAGUCUGAACUGCCAGGUCAUGCUGCUCAUUCGGGCUGCUGGGUUGAACUGCCAAGUCGGACAUAAGUGUGCAAUUGCUGUUGGGCCGCUGAGCCAGAUUGCCGAGCCAGACGGCAUAGUUCAGUUGCUUAGUCAGGACUGCCAAGUCUUGUGGCCUAGUUGGACGCGGAGUGUUGGGACUGCUGAGUUAGGCUGCUGGGUUGGACUUCUGAGUCACAGUGAUCUCUAUAAGAAUGUUCUUAACAUGAAUCAAACUAACUCUAUUUUUAUGGCAUCCACCACUGACAGCAAGAUCAGAAACAUAAUAGACCAUAUCCAAAAUGUAGAGCAUCAUCUAGUAGCAUGCCAAGAACUACUUCCGCCAUCUUGGUAGCGGCGAGAAAACGAGACCAGUGGCCCGACCGGCAAAGAUCAAUGUAAAUAAGCGACCACGCUUCGUGCGAGAUGCGAUGCCAACGCUGCAGAUGCAGCUAUGAACCUUUGAUUUGUGCGUGACGUGAACAGGGUUCACAAAUCUUUCUUAGUUUAACUUGUUACUUAAAACGCAUGCUUUUCACAAAAACAAUCGGCUACAACGAGAAGAAACAUGUGGAGGUUAUCAUGCGGCGUGAAGCCAUUUACAACUAUGGAACUGGGUCCUAAUCUUUUCACGAAAUUGUACCAAGUUUAUUUCUUAACUUUUCUUUUAUGCGCAUUGUAGUGUUGGUUUGCGUUUUUCUUGAAGAGCAAGCAGCUCAAUGUAUGCACACGAGACCCAGGCUGUUAAAGCGAGGCAAAAAGAUGACAGCUCUAAUAAUCUAUGCCCCCAACCAUAAUUAAAGAUACAUAUGGUUAACAGUGAAAAACAAAAGCUGAAAGCAUCACAGAGCCCUCAUUUUAAUGCCAUAGAUUCAAAAAAAGUAAUUACUUUGGAAAGCUAGAAAUUAACCUCGUGGCUUUGCAGCGAUUUCUAUACAUUUCAUCUGGCGUCGGUAAAUGAGGUUUGUAAAACACUUCUAAAACUAAACAGGAGAGUUUGUUGAUAUAAUAUUCUUGGAUAUUUAAAUCGCGGUCAUGUAGAAUAGAAAACAACAAACACGGACGAAGUGUCUGUUUGCUCAACACUUACUGAGAGCGGAUUUUUCUGUCUUUUUUGUCAAACACGUCGUUUAAUUACAUUGAACAUGCCGUUCGACUUGGGUUUAUCGCAGUGGUUAAAACCUCAAUCUCGGUAGCGCCGAAAACUUGCGUUGCGGAUGUCGAAGGGAGCAACACGGGCGGUACCAACUUCAUUUCACAAUCUCUUUUUCUUUUCUCUUUUUUUUUUUCCUUGUCGCAGCCGAAGGAAAAAUUUUGUUUAGUGCAAAGAAGAUCCGGGGUAGUUUUGAGAAAGUCAAUGCAGUUAUUCUACCAAGGUUGAACAAACCUUCAUUGAUAGCACAACGUCCGACAACUGUGUUGAGGUCAAUGCUAUCUGAAACUAAUCUGAGCUCUUUGCAACACCUGAAAAGUAUGGCCCAGGGCACAGUUCUCUUUAGAAAAACACAACUUUCCACCAAAAAAAAAAAAAAAAAUCUUUCGCCGGAAACAAGUAAAAAAAAAAGAAACAAAGCUUUAGUUGCAUGUAUUGGCUUGGAGCAGUCCACCACUAGACAGACUUCAUACAUAUUCGCAUAGAAAAAAGACUUCAAAUCGUCCUCAGAGAUGAAAGGAAUGACAGCCUAGUCCUUGUUUGGUGAUCGGAAGUCAGGAAACAAUAUUUUCCGAAUCCCACUUAGGUAGUGGCAGAGCGUCCAUGCUCUGGGAAUGCAGAGAAACUGAAACUCAAGAUACUUGACGCUACCAAGAUGGCAGCAUGCACAGUGCUGCCAGACCAUUAAGCAGUUUCAAAUAUUGUCUAUUAUCUCAUUAAAAAACACCCUGUCAGGCUUUGACAACCUGACUGUAGCCCCCAUCAAAGCAACAAACGGCCUGAUAUGUUAUCCUUUUGCUCAUAUAUGUAAUAGAAUCCUUGAAAUAGGCAUAUUUCCUCAUAAAAUGAAAAAAGCUAGGGUAUGUGCCAUAGAUAAAGGAGGUGCACUAAGUAAUCUAAAUAACUAUCGGCCAAUUUCGAUUCUGCCAUUAUUUUUAAAGGUCGCUGAAAAAGUGAUAAACAGUAGGUUUUCUAAAUAUGUGUUUGACAAAAAUUCAAUGCCUUAUCAGUAUGGAUUUCAAAAAGAAAAAUCCACAAAAUCGGCUGUGUCGAACAUAAAGGAAUAAAUAAUUAGUAAUAUGCGGUCUCACCUUUACACACUCGGUAUAUUUGCAGACUUUCGCAAAGAGUUCGGUUCUACGAAGCAUGACAUUCUUAUAGGGAAAUUACAACGGUAUGGAGUAAGGGGAAUAGCUCUUGACCUUAUCAACAAUUAUUUAUCCGAUAGAUUUCAAUUUACUGUCCUGAAUGGUUUCAGAUCGCAGAUUUCUCGCAUACAGUACGGUGUUCCACAAGGUUCCAUCCUUGGACCUUUGUUAUUCCUAAUAUAUAUAAAGGUUAAUGUGUCGCUUACUCCCUACAUUAUAUUGUACGCUGAUGAUACUAGUUCUUUUCUGGAGAUAAUCUGCAAGAGCCUGAAGAAACUGGAAAUAGUAGAAGAAUCUGGAGUUGGGCAAGUUAUUGGUACAUCUUAGAUUAGAAAAGCGCCAGAAAACAAGGACAACUGAAGGAAUAGACGAAACGAUGCGCUACUGUCAACUGAAUUUUUACUACUGUCAACUGAAUUUUCCGAAUAAAAAUUCAGUUGACAGUAGCACAUUGUUUCGUCUAUUCCUUCAUUUGUCCUUGUUUUCUGGCGCUUUUCGAAUCUGAAACUGCAAAUAUCUGGCUUAAAGAACUAUAUCUGUAUGGCUGGAGUCUAAUCAGCUAGAAUUGAACAUAAAGAAAGCAAAUUAUGUAAUAUUGAAUCAAAGACGAACUGUUGCAGUAUAAAUUACAUAUUCACUUUCUAAAUCGGCAAUAGAGCCUAUUAUGGCACACAAAUUUCUUGGAGUAUACCUGGUUUGAGGAAUUUUUAAGUUGGACAAAUCAUGUAAAUAACCCAAGAUGUAACAUCUCACGUUCAAUUGGAAUGCGGUGCAAACUAAGGGAAUUACUACCAAACUGGCUCAAACUACAACUGUACUACGCUCUUGUAUAUUCUCGGUUACAAUAUUGUCUUUUAGUGUGGGGCACAACGAAGGCAAACAAUGAAAAAAUAUUUUUUUUUUACAAAAGAAGGCUGUAAGGAUUAUUGACAAUUUAGGCUACAUCAAACAUACAGCAUCCUCAUUCGAAAAAUACAAGUUACUACCAAUGGAACAUGUCCUCUCACAUAAAUUGGCGAUCAUAAUUUUUGAUCAGAUCAAGCAUGAUGACACAUAUUUCUUUGAUACUUAUCUUCAUAAACCUGUGGAAUGCGACUUCGGGCGUACCAAUUAUACAAAACGUUAGAACUAUGGAACUCAAAAACGAGAUUACCAAAUUCCUAACCUACUGAAUAAACAGCCAAGCAUUGUACAAAUAGCACAGCAGUGUAGAAAAAUCCAAACAUUCAGGAAAAAAGUCGAAACAUAUUCCCUUCAAGCUGCGCCUACCUUAGAUUAUUGUAAGAGAAUGUAACUUUUCUGUGUGCUUAUUGCAAAUAUAGUGCCUUCAAUAUGUCUUCCUUUCAUGGUGUUAUGAAGUGUUGACGUGCAUUGGAUAAUAUUGUUGAUAAUGACGAUGUUAAUGUCAAUUAAUGCAGUUUUCUCUUGUUUUUGUUUCGUGGAUUUUUCUUCACAGACGUCUAUGUUUAUUUUAAUUUUUAUGCUUAAAUAUUGUAUCCAGUUUCUGUUGACUGCUAUAAGGCUGGCUGGCUGGCGGCCAUGUCAGAGGGCGUUUUGCCUUUUGCUGCAGCACCCCAGACAGAUUUAUGUUUGAAAUAAACUGUUCUAUUUUAA